CAACCACUUCAUGAAGAGAUUGCACUUCACAAAUACCUGAAACAUCGCAAUAUUGUUCAGUAUCUUGGCUCUGUUUCUGAAGAUGGGUACAUUAAAAUAUUUAUGGAACAGGUUCCAGGAGGUAGUCUUUCAGUUCUCCUGAGAUCUAAAUGGGGUCCUAUGAAGGAACCAACCAUUAAGUUUUACACUAAGCAGAUCUUGGAAGGUUUAAAAUAUCUACACGAAAAUCAGAUUGUACACCGAGAUAUAAAGGGUGAUAAUGUGCUUGUGAACACAUACAGUGGAGUGGUGAAAAUAUCAGAUUUUGGUACAUCUAAGAGACUUGCU